AUGAUUCACAGACAGGUGAACGUCGCGUUGGUUGUCACUUUGGUCUGCCAGUGGUUUCGAACAGCCACCGCUCAUGGUCGACUGUGGGAGCCCCCCUCUCGUAGUAGCAUGUGGAGGAGAGGGUGGGAUACUCCAGCCAACUACAAUGACAUGCAGCUUUUCUGUGGAGGGUUUGAUGCUACUUUGAGUUCAAGGUCUGCGCCAGAGAACACCCGGAUGUCCACGAGACCCAAGAGUGCUUUGACCUUCACCUUCUGCAGCUGGCAGACGGUUCUGGCUCCAGGUACUACCCAGGUGGAAGCAGCAUGA